AUGGCUCUCAAGACGGAGGGAGAUUCGCCCCCUGGGCCAUACCAGCAGAUGGAGGAUGAGCACGCUUUGGUGGAGCAAACUGUUGGCAAAGAUGACCCUCAACCCACAGCGGAGGAUGACUCUCCCGCUGAACAUCAGAGCAAACAAAGAAUUGCAGUGGUGAUGACAGCGCUAAGUCUAUGCGUCUUUCUGGCAGCAUUGGAUAUUACCAUCGUCUCGACGGCGCUUCCGGAUAUGGUGGCCCAUUUCCAAGCCUCUGACAGCGCAUACUCAUGGAUCGCAUCGUCGUAUCUUCUUUCCAAUGCAUCGUGUGUACCACUAUGGGGCCGGAUCAGCGACAUCUGGGGCCGAAAGUCCAUCCUGAUGAUCUCCGUAGUGCUCUUCCUGGGUGGGAGUCUAAUUUGCGGCGUGGCCGUCAACGUUGCCAUGGUCAUCGCGGGCCGCGCCAUUCAGGGCGUCGGGAGCGGGGGCAUCACGGUCAUGGCCAACGUUUGCGUGUCAGAUCUCUUCAAUGUGUGCCGCCGGUCGGCGUAUCUAGGCAUUUUUGGGGCGACCUGGGCCAUUGCAGGUGCCAUUGGGCCCAUCAUCGGCGGCGCCUUCACCACCUACUCAACCUGGCGAUGGUGCUUCUACAUCAACCUUCCUAUCGGCGGCCUCGCCUUCUUCGGUCUCCUCUUCUUCCUCAAACUCGACACCGCCCCGCUCACCCCGCUUACAACAGGCCUGCUCUCCAUCGACUGGACGGGUCUCUUCCUCAUUGUCGGCGCAACACUAAUGCUCCUCUUCGGGCUCGAAUUCGGCGGCUCACUAUACCCCUGGUCGUCGGCCACGAUCAUCUGCCUCCUUGUUUUCGGGCUAGUGGCCGCUGGGCUUUUCCUGCUGAAUGAAUGGAAAUGCGCCCGCACGCCCAUCAUCCCAAUCACUAUCUUUUCCGACCUUUACAACCUAACCAUCCUCCUCAUUAACUUCUGCCACGGCACCGUGUUCAUUGGCGGGUGUUUCUACUUGCCCGUCUACUUCCAGAAUGUCCUCUUGGUCAGCUCCCUCAUGAGCGGAGUUUACCUUCUCCCGCUAGUGGUCGCCCUCUCCAUCUCGUCGGGUCUUGGGGGCUGGUACAUGCGGAGCACUGGCCGCUCGCGUGAGGCGAUCUGCCUGGGCAUGCUGUUCACCACCCUUGGCUAUGGCCUCUACAUCGAUCUCCAGCCGUAUGCCUCGUGGCCGCGCAUCAUUCUGUUUCAGGUGAUCGCGGGGCUGGGGAUUGGGCCGAAUUUCCAAGCGACGCUGAUCGCACUCCAGGCCAACACCAAGCCGGAGGAACUGGGACGGGGCACGGCCACCUUCUCAUUCAUUCGGCAGCUCGCUGCGGCGGUGUCCGUCGUGGUCGGGUCGGUGGUGUAUGGCCGCGUGGUGAGCACGAAGGAGGGCACGAUGGCGGCGGUACUUGGCGAAACGUUGGCCGACGGAAUUGUGGAAGCAUCCACCGCGGCGGGGACCCUGAUCAAGACGUUGCCCAAGGGCGAGGAGCGGGAGGUGGUGCUACGGACGCUGACAGACGCGUUGAGCUGGGUUUGGGUGUUCUACACUGCUGUCGCAGGCUUUGGGUUCUUGAUUAGUCUGUCCUUGAGAGAUGUGAGGCUGGGGGAUGCGACGCCUACCAAGGAGGUGGAAAAUGACUCGUUGGGAGAGGACCAGGAAAUUGAAAUGUCCAAAAGCCCAAUCUAA